AUGGCAGUCGCAAUAGAAUGUUUACAAGAAAUCAAUGAUUCACAUGCAACAGUCGUAUAUCUUAGCAUUAUUCGUUGCAUUAUCAUAGCGUUCAUUGAUCCAUCCACACCAACAGCUACUCGAAUUUAUUAUGCUUGGUUAGCAGUCUUCGUAUGUCGUUUAUGGCGAACAUGGCUUAAUUUAGUACCAAAACAAGAUUUCAAUGAUCGUAUAUCACAAAUGGCUAAUCAUUCUGAUAUUGCCAAAGACAAAUUCAAACAAAAAACUACUAAAAAAUGCUUUUUCAUUACAUCAACAGCAUUUUUAUGCAUUGAACUAAAUGCACAUAAUCUUACAUAUCUUACAUUACUAGUUGCUGAGGAUCAACUACCACUUGAAACAUUGAAAGUAUCAAUAUUCAAUUCUCAGACAUGUGAGAAUUUUUUUCGUUUAUCACGGUCAAUGUCUGGAACAUUUUCUACAUCAGUAAAUUUUUCUGUUCAACAAUUUUUGAAUCGUCAAGAGAAGAUUUCAUUUCUAAAUUCUAUUAAAACUCAAUCGAAUUCAUCAUAUUCAUCUUCAAAAUUUGUAUUUCCCAAUCAUCAUAAAACACAACAAAAUCACAAAUAUUCAACCAUCCAACGGGAAAAAAUUACUAAACAGCAAGUACAAGAACAAGUUGACCGUGCAUUCAAAGAUGCUGUAACUCUUUUACUUCCUUUGGGUAUCGAAGACGUGUUGAAAGAAGCACAUAUUGUUACUAUGAAUCAAGUUAGUCAACAUAUACGUAAUGAUUUAUAUAAAUCAACAAAAAAGGCAAACUUUUUUAUACCAAUAACAAUUGAUGAAUGCACUAAUGAAUCUGAUUCAGAUUCGGAAGAAAGUACUUCACAAGAUUACGAUGAAAAUCAAUCAAAUGGAUUCUAUUCAUGGAAUGAUUAUGACAGUAUGGAGAAUGAUAUAGAAGAUAACAAUGGUAUUAAUUUGUUACCACAAACAACCAACACCAGUUUACAAUCAAUGAAAAGUGUUCGAGACACUAUCAAUCCUGAAUUGAAAGAUUCGUACUUUUUGGUAAACAUCGAUGGAAAGAGAAAAUACCUCCACAAAAAUACUGCUAUUUGGUAUAUGACAGAUGAAAAACAAAAAUUGUCGUCAGAUCGUUUAAAGCGUGUCAUGGAAAACUAG